UUUUUAAUUUGUUUUUCCAGAGAAAACCACGACGGGGCCCCCACCCACCACCGCGCCGUCCACCACGCCGCCCAUGACCACGUUCGGCGCCACCACCGCAGCGCCGACCACGCUCCCCACCACCGCGUCGUGUCCGGAGUGCCUGGACUGGGAGCAGGACUCCGACGAGGAAACGGAGAACACGCUGGUCUACGACGAACACUUUGGAGUCGUCAUGACCCCCGACCCCAAGGUCGACAUUCCAGCUUAUGUUUGGUUUGCCUGUAACUUCGACUUCUCGUCGUUAUGCGGUUGGACCAAGGACAGCGGCUCCGGAGCCGAGUGGUUCAUCCAGAGCAGCGAGGCUCCGGCUGUCCACAGAGGCCCGACGCUCGACCACACAGGCGGUUCAGGGAACUUCAUCUACAUGCAGCUGACGGACACAAUCACACCCAGCAAGCCAGGUGAGGAGCAAAGCGGGGAGGAGAAGGUGGCCCGGCUGGCCAGCUUAUCCAUCACCACGCCGGACGCCAGCCUCUGCAUGUCCUUCUGGUACCAGAUGGCCGGCGAGCGCGGAGGGGCGCUGCGCAUCAGCUAUCGCCACGACGACGAUGACGACGGCCAGGUCCUGUGGACGAGGAGCGGCCAUCAGGGCAGCAGGUGGAGGGAAGGCCGUGUCUUACUUCCUCAAACAAGACUCUCGUAUCAGGUGUUGGUGGAGGGAAUCGCAGACAGACGCACCACAGGCCACAUAGCGGUGGACGACAUCCAAAUCAUGGACGGGCUCAACAUUCAGGACUGCAAGGAUCCAGAAGCUCCAACAUCUCCACCCACUAAGAUCUUAAUGCUACCCAUGGACUCACUCUCUCAGGAAACUGGUGAACUCGGCAGGCCGGGCAACAUGCUGAAGACGAUAGACCCCAUCCUCAUCACCAUCAUCGCCAUGUCGGCUCUGGGCGUCUUCCUGGGCGCCAUCUGCGGCGUCGUGCUGUACUGCGCUUGCUCGCAGGGCAGCAUGACCGACAGGAACUUAUCCGCCCUGGAGAAUUAUAACUUUGAGCUGGUGGACGGCGUCAAGCUAAAGAAGGACAAGAUAAACGGACAGACGAACAACUACUCAGAGGCGUGAGCCCGAAGGCGCAGGGGGCGGAGCUUCGGCAGCUCCGCUAGCGGACACGUUACAAGCAGCCAAUCACAGGGCUGACGCCACUAAUGGGACGGCAGGGUGGGCUAACAGUGAGCCGAUUUCAUUUUUAUUUCUCAGGAGCGUUGGUGGAAGGGACUCACCUGUAGGGGGCACUGUGUAUAAAGAACCUGUACAGCAAAAAAGAAGAAAACUAAGGAUUCUCUUUGUUUUUCGGCGUGCUUUGUUGAUUUCAUGUAAUCACAUGCUGGUGUUGAGACCAAUUCAGACGAAAGUAUCGUUAGUGAACUUUUGCAGAAAGAUUUAAUGUUUCUGUUUGUUGUUUUUUCUCGUCUUUUCGUUCGAAUGUUUUGAAGAAUGAGCGAAGCUAGCUUAACGCGUGUGGAAGUGUGUGUGGACGUCUCACUCAUAUACAUCUGCAUCUGAGGUGUGUCUGACUAUACAAACCGUGUGUGUGUGUGUUUGUGUGUGUGUGUGUGUGUGAUCUUGACGCAGGGCCACUGACCUGCUCCGACAGUGCCUUUUUUUCCUGUUUUUCUGUUGCCUUGUUUUCUGCUGGUUGCUUUCCCAUUGGCUGGCAUUCUUUCCAGGGUUCCUAUACAAACUACGGGGAAAGGUUUCCAGGCUGUGUCCGUAAAGCAGCAUCUUUUUAUUGCUGUAAUUUUACCAUAAAACAGCUUCUGGUUACACUGGCAUUCACUCAGCUGUUGAGUUCCAGGUUUAUAUCCGCAGAACUGAAGAAAACUAUGAAAAUUCCCAAUAUGGUAAAUGUGUAGGAGCCCUGAAUGCCUCAUAUUCAUGGCACAUGACACAUCCAACGUAUUGUACAUAGGUUUUAAUAUAUAUUUGAGCGCCCUUUUCUAUAGAGGAAGAUGCCAGUGCUGCAGUAUCCUUUCUGUUUUCAAAUCACACAAGUCGCCGAAGGAUGUUUACCAUCCCUGGUGAUUCAGAGGAGAAAACGCACCAAUGAAAGGGAAUUUAUGUCUUAACAGGGUAAAAACACACAACCUCAGCAGCUACAGUGACAGAAAGUCAAAGGGGUUUCAUUGAUUACACUUGGAUCUGGCUGGGCACAUUGUUAAACUGCCUCUAAGUAUUCAUCUUGUGUGAAUGUAAUGUUGAGGUACCAGAAUACAAACUACAUGAACCUGUAUGUAACAACAUGGCCGCCGCAAUGCAAGCUAGCUGCAGAAACUCUGGUGAUAGGCUGGAAGAUCUAAUAGGAGGCAAUGAAACAACACAUUAGAGUUAACAUCCUUUUCAGAAAGGUAACUUAUUUUGAUUUAUAGUAUUAAUUUGCUAUACAGAUGCUGAAUUUUAACUAGUUUCCAUUGUUUUUUGGGAAAUUGUUGUUGUUUUAGACUUUCCUGCUGCCCAUCUUUACCUUCACAAAGUUGAUUGAGUUGUCCAGUCCAUGGAUCAAAAGAGCGCUAAAUAUGCCCCUUUGAUUAAUCUUGUUGGAAUACAGAACUCCAGGUUUGCUUUUUAUGUGCAGUCCAGUCCUUUAAAUCCAAAACAAGAGCUUUUGUCUGUAUCAUAGGCAUUACAGCUGCCUCUCGCCACAGAUCCUGUUGUCUGCAGUUUGCUGUUUCAUGGUCCGGGGUAUUCAGUACAGCGUUUCCACCACCAGUUGGACUCUCAAUGGAUUAAAACCAAAUGUCUGACAUGGUGUCAUGUUGAUGUAUCGUUCUUGAAUUUUAACCAGUUCCCACUGAUUCCUUCAAAUUGUUUUUUUUCUUUUUGUUCCAACAUUAGAGCAACUUCAAAUUGAUUGUCAAACAUUGGACUCUGUGUUAGAGUUUCCUCCUGGCCAUCUUUACCCCUUUCCAAAGUAGAUUGGGUUGUACAUUUGAUCCCUGACCUUUAUCGUACCAUUCCACUGCCCUAUGGACCUACAACUGAAGGGAACCCAGGAAUUGGUUCGGGUCGGCUGUAUGGGCCACUUUUACAAUGGAAGCAGACAAAAAAUAUAAAACCAAACCGCACCGUCCAAUACUGCUCAGUAUGGGACGAGUGGUCUGGGAAGAGGCAAAGGUGUAUUAAGAAGAGUAGGUUACCUGGUUUGGGAACAUCUGGGUCUCAAGAGACCGUUUUGGACUCUUACUGGACAGACGGGGUUAAACCCAAACGUCUAACGUAGCUUCCUACUAAAAGGACAACAAACGUGUCUCAUGCCUGUCAGAAGCAGUGAUGCUUUCCUGUCCCCCAAUCAAUGGACUGUGUUGCCUGAUGCCAGUAUCUCCAUCCUAAUUGUAACGUACCAAUGUCCUAUGGACCUACAACUGCAGGCGGCCCAGUCAUAGUCCAGUACGGGUCGGUUCUAUGGGCCGUUUUUACAAUGCAAACAGACAAAACGGUGUACCAGUCUACACCGAUCUGUGCUAUCCUGCUCAGUGGAAACAAGGCAGAGGCGCAUUAUGGACAGAAGGUUAUCUGGUGUGGGGACCUCUGGGUCUCAUCUUUGCCUUUUUGCAGAUGACAUGAUGCUAUUAGCAUCGUUAAGUGAUAACCUUUACAUUUAGAAGAGUCUACUAUUCAGAGCCUGAGGCUUUACUAUUCGACGUUUUUCUGCAUUGGGCGCCAGUUGCUGCAUUAAGCAGAGCAGUUCAAGAGUCUUGAUGGUUACAUUGUCCAAGGAGGCUAAUGCCUGAGCAGCUUGAUACAACUUCUUCAAUGCAAAUAAAGUGUUUCCAUUGCUGUUUUGUGAAAUACACCAAUUCGGAUUCGGCUGAAAACCCAACUUUUUAUCAAAAAAUGCUUUUUCCAAAAUUUGCAUGUUCCCAUUAAGCAAAUUUAUUUUAGUAAUUCAAUGGUCAAUAGAAACUCAGCUACUAGAGGCACCAAAAAUCCCUUCCAGCCUGGAAAAGCAUUGGGAUUCAGAAUCAGCUGGAGGACGAAUUUCUGGGUUUUUGUCUUCAAUGACAUAAUUUCAGAUGAUGCUGGAAAAGUUUGGGGGAAGUCUGUUCCUUUAUUCCAUUUUUCAUCUCAGCUGAGCAAAUAAUUUGAUUGUGUUUAAGCCCUCAAUUUUUUUUACUUUAGUGCAUUCAUAUCUUUCUACACCAACAGAGGGAAUGUUGCUUUACUAACGAUUGAAAACUCGGGGAGGAAAACUGUUCCAGGUGAUAAAUAAACAUCUUCAUUAGAAACUUCGGGGAGAAACAGAUGCGUAAUGUAUUUUCUCCUCUUCUAUAGGAAUGUCUGAUGUUUCAGCCGGACUCCACUAAAGAAAAAGGAUGCUGCAGCACUCGUCCUGAAAACAAAUGUUGCACUGAUAUAUUUAAAAAAUAAAAAAUCUAUGUGUUUAUGAUGUUGAUUUAUGAAAAGAGGAGGAAAAACGGAGAGGACAGUGUUAUUGUUGCUUCUUUUUAACAUGGUUUUAGACAGCCAUGGUAUAAUUCUGAAUUGUACAAUUUACAGAUGUUUUUCAUUCUCGAAAAAGCUUAUAUACGAGUAACGAUUUUAUUUACUUGGUAUAAUAUCACCUUGUGUUUUUUGUACCGUCACUGAUGUACGUGCCAUUGUUUUCUUCUGUUUUUCUUUGGAUGACAAGAGAAAGCGUUUUAUUUUCUGUACCGUUUCUGUAGUUUUCUUGUCUAAAAAAAAAAACUAAACAAAGGAAAACAAGGAAGUAAAAAGAAUCAGAAAGCUGUGAGGCCUUAUGUGACUUAAAGUAUUGUUUGUACUUUGACUUUCUGCUCCGCACCCGACUCAUCCAUCUCUGUUGUUUCAGACUCUCAUCACUGACUAUUACAUUCCAAAGAAUUGGGUCAAAUAAAUGUUUUAAAUAAAA